AUGGCACAGACUCAGAGAUCGCGAUACCUGAAGACGGGUGCCAUCAUUGGCGCUCUGCUUAUGAUGAUCUUCUGGCUGUCUCCUUCGAGACCAUCCCACUUUGGCGGAUACGGAAAACCUCCCGCCAACGCUACUCCCUUAACCGACCGAUGCUCCAAGCCUCACGACCCGUCCAAACCCCUGAUUCAGUAUGCUCUGAUGAUCGACGCUGGUAGCCAGGGUUCCCGCAUCCACGUGUACCGUUUCAACAACUGCGGCCCCACCCCCGAACUGGAGCAUGAGGAAUUUGCACAGACCGAGAAGCGACCUGGGGGUGGUUCUUCGGGCUUGAGCUCCUACAAGGAAGAUGCGGAGGGUGCCGCGCGCAGUCUCGAUCCUCUCAUGCAGGUGGCGAUGCGCACUGUCCCCGACGAGUACAAGUCCUGCUCUCCGGUCGCCGUCAAGGCCACCGCCGGUUUGCGGAUGCUUGGUCCUGAGUUGAGUGAGAACAUCCUCCAAGCUGUUAGAACCCGUCUGGAGACUGUUUACCCCUUCCCGGUCGUGUCUCGCGAGAAGGGCGGCGUUGAGAUCAUGGAUGGCUCGGAUGAGGGCGUAUACGCGUGGAUCACGACGAACUACCUCCUCGGAAAGAUUGGCGGUCCUGAUGAGACUCCUACUGCCGCCGUUUUCGAUCUCGGUGGCGGUUCUACCCAGAUUGUCUUCCAGCCUACUUUCGAAAACAGCAAGUCGGGUGGUAUGCCAGAGCAUCUCGCCCCUGGCGAUCACAAGUACGACCUGGAGUUUGGCGGACGGCACUUUGAGUUGUACCAGCAUUCCCACCUUGGAUAUGGACUGAUGGCCGCUCGCGACACCGUCCACAAGGCUGUGGUUGAGGCGAAGCUUGCUGCGAAUCCGAAAGACACGAGUUGGGUCAACCAGCCUAUUUCGAACCCUUGCAUUGGACCUGGCAUGGAGCGCGAUGUGAAGCUGGAGUUCCCGACUGAGCACCCGCUCGGCCCCGGCCCGGUUACUUUCAAGAUGGUUGGCCCGAAGGAAGGCCUCUCCGCCGCCGUACAAUGCCGCGGUCUCGCGGAGAAGAUCCUGAAUAAGGAUGCCGAAUGCAAGCUUGCCCCUUGCUCUUUCAAUGGUGUCCACCAGCCGUCGCUGGAGAAGACUUUCUCCCGCGAGGAUGUAUACAUCUUCUCAUACUUCUUUGACCGCACCAAGCCGCUGGGCAUGCCGGAUUCCUUCACGCUGGACGAACUGCACCAACUCACGGCGAAUGUCUGUGCGGGUGAGUCGAACUGGUCGGUCUUCGAGGGCAUUGAAGGUGCCCUGGAUGAGCUCCGCGACCGUCCUGAAUGGUGUCUGGACCUGAACUUCAUGCUUGGUCUCCUGCACACCGGCUACGAAAUGCCUCUGUCUCGUGAGGUGAAGAUUGCCAAGAAGAUCAAGAACAACGAACUUGGCUGGUGCUUGGGUGCAAGCUUGCCUCUACUCAGCCAAGAGUCGGGCUGGACUUGCCGCGUGAAGGAGAUCUCGUAG